AUUGUUUCAAGGUGCUGUCAUGUACGAAAGUCUGCGACGUUCAACUCACAUACGUAUUUUGAGCAGAGCUCACACUUCACAUCAGCUACACAAACCCAGGGUGGUUCCUUCGCCUGCGCCCGUACAGUUCACAGCACCCUAGCAUGAUAUUGCAUCAGCUGCUUGGCUGGAGGGCUCGUUCUUUUCGAAUUCGUGCUUCCGUUCUGGCGUCUCACGCGUUCAGCUAGAUGUACCCAGCACGAUUACAUCUGAGUCUCCGCGUGUGUCGCCAAUCUGUGCGGCCGAGGUGCCCGUUGCACAGCAAGCAUUCUUCUCACCACUGCGGUCCUGCCACUUGCGCCUAUUUUUCCAUCCCUUCGCGAGUCUAUUGGGCUUGCCUCUUCCAGCCUCGUCGAGCACCUGGCCUCUGUGGCGUGGCCACACAGCGGCCCCAACGUUCCGACCCUCCCGGGUCGUGGCCCUGUGGCGAAAGCCCGUGGGGCCAAUACCUCUCGAUGGGCGCCUGCCGCAGUGGACACGGACACUUGCAUGGAGCCUGGGACGCGAGGGCGCCUUGCAGCAUGCUGCCCGCGGCACGUCCCGCCGCCGUGUCAGCUCAGCACUCGGUCGCGACCGUUCGAGGAGCGCGCAGGGACCUAGUUUGAAGGCCUCCCCGAGAUGGGACAGACGCCUGUCAAUGCAUCCACCACACGAAGGACAGCGUCUGGAGCCAGCAGCCCCUGUGGAAGAAGUAUGAGUGGAUGGGCUACCACUGGAGGCCUGGGCUGCCAGAGGACAGGCUGAUGGACCCCCCUUUCUUCCCGAUGGUCAACAACUGGCCCUACCCCUACGGGACCAAGGGCUCGUGGGUGUCGCCGGAGGCCGCCCUGCGCCACAAGUGGUUCGGCAACUUCGCGGGGAAGAUGAAGGAGUACGCCAGAGAGCGCAACGCCCACAUGAUCGGCGAGGGCGUCGUGGCCCCCCCGCCUUGCACGCCCCAGCCCAUCUGCCAGAUGCUCGAGGUGCUCACCGUCGCCAUGGACCGGCGGGGCCACGUCGUCGCCUCCCUGGGCUCGGGGCACUCGCAGGCCGAGUACGACGAGGCCGACGCGAGCUGCGUCAGCGCACUUUCGGUGUCCGGCGCAGUCCUGGUGGCGCAGCUGUCCUCCCUUCUGGCGGGCUACACCUUCUACGCCAGCGUCGCCAACACCGUGCACUGCUGGCUUCACGCCGCGGGCUGCGUCGGCGUCGUAACCCUCGGCGUCAGCGUCGGCGACUGCGGCUACGUGUGGUACCUUCUCGCAGCCGUCGGGGUGCCGACGCUCCUCCUCGAGGCCGGCUCGCUGGCGGGCCUCUUUUGGCUGCGCCGCUCGGCCUUCUGA